AUGGGGGGUGAAAGUGAAGAUCAAGGUGGUGGUGGCGGUGAUAAUGAUGGAGUACUAACAGUGGACGAAAUGACGUCGUCGCCUAAGAACAAGGUGAAGCUCCUGUGCAGCCAUGGCGGGAAGAUCCUCCCUAGGACCUCCGACGGUCAGCUAAAGUAUGUGGGUGGCGAGAUACGCGUCAUCACCAUCCCUCGCGACGUCUCCUACUCAGAGCUAAUGAAGAAGGUAGGUGCAGUAGAGUUUGAUGGGGAGAUGCAGAUUGUCCUCAAGUACCAAGUAAUACCUGAGGAUCUGGAUACUUUGGUGUCUGUAAGAACCAACGAGGACCUGAAGUUUAUGCUGGAUGAAUAUUAUGACCGCCAAGAUCAAAGCCAAGGUACUGCAGGAACCCCAAGGAUUCGAGUCUUCCUCUUCCCUUCCAACCCAAUCAUAGUCGACAAUUACCAAUUAGCCACUACGGCAUCCUACGUUAAUGAACCUGGCCAUGCAAUACUACUAGAGCAGCGUUAUGUUGAUGCCAUCAAUGGCAUUAUCCGCACAACAACAACAACAACUAGUACUAGUACUAAUACUGCUACUGCCCAUUCUAAACUCACCUCCUUAAAUGCCAGUCGCGUCGCCUUUACUAUCUCUUUCACUUGCUCUUCUCCUCGUUCUAAUUCUUUCCCAAAAGGCCAAAAUAUUGAUACCCAUGAUCAUGUGAAUGACACCAACAGUAGUACCUGCAUCUUCCCAAAUGGCUAUAGCUAUCUGCAGAAUGCAGGUCAAGGAGUUACUAUGCAUAAGGUCCAUAGCUCCCCUAGCCUUUCCAGCCUCAACAACGUCUUCCAAAGUAACCAUGAUAGCAAUCUUCAUGGUCUUUGCAACCACCACUUUUAUCACCACCGUAACUACCAAAAUCAUCAAAAGUACGGCCAGCAUGAUCAGCAGUACUCGUACAAUGGCAAUCAUCCCAGACCAACAAAUCCUGUUCCUCGCAAAGCUACUAUUGGCAGUCAUGAAAUGUUAGCCAAAACUUUGUCAUCGGGAAGGGUCGAGUACAUUGGGACUGGGACUGGGAGUAGCCUGCUGACGGGUUAUGGCCUGAACAACUAUUACCCAUCAAGUACGUACAAAAGAGAUCAUCAUCAUCAUCAAGGCGGAGGAGGCUGCAAAAUGUGUGGACAUUUCGAUGAAUGCGGAAUAUUCUAUGGAUGUGAGACCAUGGGCACUCUUCUUCCUCGAAGUCCAAGAAAAGCCCCUUUGGAAAAGAGAAUGGCAUGCAUGCAUGGAAGGUCAGGCUCUCAAAUCAAUGGAAUUAGUUGA